UCCUCCUCCUCCUCCUCCCGUCUUGACACCAACACUGCUGCUACCCACACCCCCAUCCCUCUGAAAGAUCUUCCAUCUGAGUGAAGGGUGGGUUUUGCACUUCCCUGGACCUGGGUCUAUAGCCAUACGCAGGUUCAGAGGCACUUAGGGAUUUGUAAACGUGUGAUCCAGAUCACCAGCAUCGGGCCCUGAGUCUCCUCUUCUCUGUUUGGUAUUUAUAGGUCUGUGUCUCCUCCCUGGAUUGCAACAAUAACCCGAUCCGCCAGUCAUGCCUCUGGGAAAACCUGCCCCGCAAAACAAGCGCAAAAAUCUCGCCAAGAUCAUAACUGACCUAACACAUAUCACUCAGGAUGAGUAUGAGUCAGAUCCAGAGGCCGAGCUCGACCUGGGAACAAAGAUCAGGUCUCCCAAAGACAUCAUGCUGGAGGAGCUUUCCCUGCAGAACAACAAAGGUUCCAAGAUGUUCAGGAUGAGGCAGAAGAGAGUCGAUCAGUUCAUCUAUGAGAACAACCCUGACCUCUUCUGCAGUGAGUCUAUGGACGACCUCCAAAAGUUUGUUCCCUCUCUGGGAGGUCAGAUGAGAGGUGACAUCAUAAAUGUUGGUGGACAUUUUGUAAGCAAACAGGCUGGACUGAAUUUUAUUGGGAUGCACGGAAAAGGAGGAGCUCCAGUGCCUCCUCCCAAGCCUGGAAGCAAAGGUGCAGGAGCAGGUGCAGGAGGAGGAGCAGGAGGACAGGGUGGAGGCGACCAUGGGAAAGAAGGCGGAAAAGGAGAAGGAGAGAGUGAGUGGUCUCCACUUAAAGGAGGUGGAACUGAUGAUGCAUCUAAGAAGCUGCUUAUGUUGAAGUCAUACGUGUCGCCUUGGGAGAAGGCAAUGAAGGGGGAUGAAAUUCUGGUAGCGACUCUUAAAGGUGGAAUGCCUGGUCCUUGUCAUCCAAUGGAUUUGCGCAAGUACAAAAGCUUCAACAGGUCUGCCAUGCCAUUUGGUGGCUUCGAGAAGGCCAAUCAGUUCUUGAAAUUCCAGAUGCCAGAACCUGAGGCCAAGCAGGAGCCUGAACCGGCGGUGGUGUACCAGCAUGACAUCGGCUGCCGGCCUUCCUUCAACCGCACUCCUAUUGGCUGGGUGGGCAGCGGUGAACCGGGCACCAUUCAUAUGGAGACAGAUGCUGUGCCCUUCGAUGGAGAGACCGACGAGCUGUGAAAAAACAUCCAUACUGUGAUAACAGUGACUUUGCAUAUGCACACAUGCAUGCAUGAAUGCUUGCAAACACGUUAGCAUGCACACAACAGAAGAGCUUACAGUUAACUGUUAUAUUCAUGACUUUGAAUCCCUCAGUGUGGAUAACUGAAAGUGUAUAUGAAAUGUGGUCAUGCUUCUAUUUUGCUCUGUACUUGGUUUUGAGGCAAAUAAAAAAGCUUGAGUGAGGAUGAAACAUAACGUUUAUUUAAGUCUAUAAGUGAAGUAUAAACACUUGAUUUGUCAGAAAAGGUUUUGUUUGUGGAGAAGUUGCAGAUUUUGAAAGAAUUAAUGAAGUAUGAAGGAUAGAUUUAGGCGAUUUUACUGUUGUGCACAGUCUUGAUGUCAAGUUGUUGCAAUAUUUGUGUACCAGCGCCUUUUUGUUCUAAGGAAACUCUGUUUAUUUGUGGAGCUAAAAUAACCCUACAUACCUGCCUAAUGCACAAUGCAUGCUGAUCAUUCACCCUACCUUACCAACAUUUCCUCCACAAUAAACUCUUUAAAACUAAAACAAUUCUCUUGUCGAUUGAAUAAAAUAUCAAGGGAAAAGGUUUUUUUGUGAAAAUCAUUGCCAAUUUCUAAAUCUAGCUAGUUAAAGUAUUAGGAGUGAAAGUACUCACUGCAGAGAAAACUAAAUAUAUUAUAAUAUUUAAAAGUAAAUCUUCACAUUCAAGAAGCUGAAACUGUGACAUAUUCUUUAACGAAACACUUAUUAGCAGAACGGUUGCCAAUACAUUUUGUUAACCCAGUCAUGGUUUUAGUUAUUGAAAUAAUGUUGGAUAGUUUAAUGUUUACCAAAUAAACAUUUAAACAGAGUU